GUAUUAAUUGUGUAAUUUGAUAUUCAUAAUCAUAAUUAUUAUUUUUUAACCAUAUGAUCAAGUGAACCACGCUUAAUGUUUAUUGCAGUCUAUUUUUCAAAAAAUAUUUUACUCAUUUUUUUCCAUCAGCAGAUUUUUGGCAUACAUACCAUAAUGAUCAUAAAUUAUAAUGACGUAUCGGAUUGGUGUGAAGACAUGAAGUAUAAUAACAGAAUAAAUGAAAUAUUUCAUUUAUUCUGUGGUUUAAUUAGUCACCUACAUUAAUUGUGUAUGAUGUUAGAAGUAGACUGUCUUUUGUGGAGUUCUAUUUUCCAGCAUCCGUGUUGUAGCAGUUCUCAGUAUGUCAUAGUUCCUUUGACAAUUAAACCCACUUAAACGUCGUUUCCACUUGCUAUGCUUAUACUUGUCACGCAUUCAAGUAUUUGAUGUUUAUACUUGUUUAGCACAGUAUUUUUUCAACGCUGUUGAUACGCAUUGAGUAAACAAAAUGGAAACAUUACCAGCAGAGAUUAUCACACAGAUAAUGGAAUACUUACCAUUUGAUGAUCGACGAGAAGUGGCUAUGGUCAAUGAAGCAUUUUAUUAUGGUUCAUAUCACCCAAUGUUCUCUAGAAAAGAAUUGCUUACCUAUCGGUCAUUACAUGAGAAAUUAAAUAGUUUUAACGAAUUCAAAAAUAUGUUGAAGAAAUCAAGAAGAAAACUAUUUUGUUUGAAAUUUAUUGGUUUGAAUUUUGUAGACGAUUUGACCAUUUUCACAGACUUAGGGAAUCGCAUUGUAUUAUUAAAUUUUUAUAAUUUGGAAUCAUUAGAUGAUUCAUUUCUGGAUGCUAUUGCCCAAUGCUGUAUUAAUCUUGAAAAAUUAGUAUUUGUAAAAUUGACAGAUUUGUACUUAACUGAUAAGGACCGUGUUCCAAUACUCAAAUUGUGUUGCAUCGAUUUAGAGUAUGUACAAAUCACUGAUAGAGAAUUUAAUCUAAUUUUGAAACUUGCACCAAAUUUAAAGGAUUUAAGUAUUAUUGGCUCUAACAUAAAUAGUUCAAGCCUGGUAUUACAAAGGUUUUACCCUCAUGAUACAAAUGAUGUCACUAAUAAUAAUCAUUUAUUUAACAAGUAUAAUUCAAAUUAUAUUUUUUCGGAUAAAAAUAUUAUACAUCAUUUAAAUAAUUCUGUUAGAUUAAAUAGCCUUGUGUUAAGCGAAAGUCAUAUAUUUUUUCAGAUUCAACCUUUACAACACAAAUUGAAAUCAUUGGUGUUGAGUUUUGAAAAUAAAUUUAUAAAUCAAUCCUUCAACUUUAUGAAUUUUGAGGUAUUAAGUCAGUAUGUAUCUUUAGAACGAUUAGAAAUACAUAAUUUACCUGUUGAGUUGUUAUCAAAUGUAUCUAAACUAUAUAAUCUACGGCACUUGAUAUUAAGUUAUAUUAUUGUGAAAUCAAAUGUAUUUAAUGGUCCUGAAUUAUUAAAAUCUUUAAAAUCAUUUUUGCUAUCAUUAAAAGAUUUGAAACAUAUCAAGACAUUAUCCUUUAAUAGAGCCGAUGAAAAUCAUUGUAUUAUGUUUCCAACACUUGCGUUGCCGAACUGCAUUUUUAAUUCUCUUACAUCAUUGGACUGUUCUCUUGAUACAGAUUUUGGAGCAUUAAUAUUUGGUAAAAAUUUAACAAGCUUGCGAAUCAGAAAUGGUGGUAUUCUCAAUGAAAAUUAUUUAAAACUGAUAUUCAGCAGGUUAACUAAUUUACAGCAUUUACAUAUCGACCAAUGUUAUAAUGUAAAUGAUUUUGUUUUAAUUGAUUUGCCAAUAUCUAACCUGAAAGGAUUGAUUACUUUAAAAAUACUGGAUUCAAAAGUUUCAUAUCGAUGCUUGCAAAGCAUUACAAAUCCAAGUUUAAAAGUUUUAAUUUUCGACAAUGUGUCAUUUAAAUCAAUUUCAUCACAGCAUGAUUUGAAUAAAUUCGAAGAAAGUAUAUUAAUUUUGAGUGCCAAUAUUCCUGCGUUGACUCACCUUGAAGUCUGUAUGAAUCCCACUAGCUUAAGAUUAAUUGAAUCAUUAAAAUUAUUAAGUUAUUUUCGGAGUAAUGCUAAGACGUUAAUAAAUGUGAAUUUCAAGAGGAUGAAAAAGUUCAAACUUUGGGAUUGGUAUUCAUAUUAAGAACGAUUCUAUGUGACUGACUUGUUUGGAAUGGUGGUAGAAGAAUCUGAUCGCUAACAAUGAAAAUUGGUGGUCACCCGGUACUGCUCUUAUUCUGACUAGGUUAUAUGGUAAUUACUAUUUUAAGUUUUUAAUUAUUGUAUAAAAUCUUUGCUUGAUGGGAUUUUAAGAUUGCCUUAUUAUAAGUAAAUAACUGCAUAGGUACUAAUAUCAUAAGUAUGAACUUAUAACUUAUUAUAUCAAAAUAUAACAAAAGACU